AAUGAACCUGCUGACACAAGAGAUAUUGAUCCGGAAUAUGAUUUUAUUAUCGUUGGUGCAGGUACAGCCGGCUGUGCUUUAGCUGCCCGAUUGUCUGAAUUAAAAGAUAAUACAGUAUUAUUAAUUGAAGCCGGAGGACCUGAAGAAUUUAUGAUGGACAUACCAAUGAUGGCACCUAAUUUACAAGGUUCUCCUGCUGAUUGGGCAUACAUGUCAGAACCAGACGGUCGUUGUUGUACGGGCCAGCCAGGUGGUCGAUGUUUUUAUCCCCGUGGUAAAGUUAUGGGUGGAUCAAGUGUAUUAAACUUCAUGAUCUAUUCACGCGGACAUAAAAAAGAUUAUGAUCGUUGGGCCGAAGCUGGAUGUAAAGGAUGGAGCUAUAAAGAAGUUUUACCAUAUUUUAAAAAAUUGGAAAAUUUUAAAAUCGAUGAAUACUUUGACCCUGAAGAAAAUGGCAAAGGAGGUCCAGUUCAUGUUGAACUAUCGCCCUACGAAACACCAAUUGCCAAAGAAAUUUCCAAAGGCUUUUUAAAUUUGGGAUAUAAAUAUGGAAAUGUGAAUAAAGCUGAUAACAAAGGAUUUUCUCGAAUGCCUGCAACAUUAAAACACGGUACUCGUCACAGUUCAAGCCGAGCAUAUUUACAUCCAAUUGCAAAUAAACGUCCAAAUUUACAUGUCAAGAAAAACAGUUUGGUUACCAAAAUUUUAAUAAACAAGAAAACCAAAACCGCUUAUGGAGUCCAAUUUUUGAAUAAUGGCAUCACACGCCGAGUCCUUGCAAGAAAGGAAGUGAUUGUAAGUGGAGGUGCAAUGAACUCCCCUCAAUUAUUAAUGUUAUCUGGUAUUGGACCAGCACAUCAUUUAAGAUCACUAGGAAUUCCAGUUAUCCAAAACUCAUCAGUCGGUUACAAUCUUCAAGACCAUAUUGCUCUUGGUGGUUUGAUAUUUGUAACUGAAGGAUCCUCAACAACUACACCAUUGGAUUUAAUUCGAAAUGAUACAAUCAUCACCGAAUAUUUUAACCAUCAUACCGGACCUUUAUCCGUACCAGGUGGUUGUGAAGUUAUUGGAUUAAUAGAUCCGGAUAAGGAUGGUAUUCCAAAAGUUGAAUUGUUAGUUGUAUCACAACAAAUCAUGAUGAAUUUCUUCUUAAAUACACCAAUUGCAGCAUUUUUGGAACCGUAUUUAGCCACAUCUAUAUGGCUUUGUUUACCCAUGGUGUUGAAACCAUACAGCAGAGGUCGUAUAAAGUUGAAGUCCAAGAAUCCACUUGACUAUCCACUAAUUGAACCUAAUUAUUUUGCUGAUGAACGAGACUUAGCCACAAUGGUACAGGCUGGUCGAAGAAUGCUUGAAAUUAACGAUAGCCCAGUUAUGAAAAGAAUCAAAUCACGUUUAUUACGUUUACCGUUACCAGCUUGCGAACCAUUCCCAAUUAGAUCCGAUGAAUAUUUAGCAUGUUUGUCACGCGAAAUGACAUUUAACAUUUACCAUCAAAGUGGAACUUGUAGAAUGGGACCAGCAAGUGAUCCAACCAGUGUUGUUGAUCCAAGAUUACGUGUUAUUGGUGUGAAAAAUUUACGUGUUAUUGAUGUAAGUAUUAUGCACGAAAUACCUUCAGGACACACAAAUGGACCAACUUAUAUGGUAGCAGAAAAAGGUGCUGAUAUGAUUAAAGAAGAUUGGGGAUAUCCAAUACCACGAAAUGGUAACUGGGCCUAUAAUCCUAUCGACGAACAUAAAACGUAAAUUACAUUCAGUUUUGGGCAUUAAUAAAA